AUGCUUACUGAAAAGUGCUUGGGAUUUUUUUAUUCUGGGCUGUGUCUCUGGGCACCUUUGUUCCUGUCUUUCUUUAAAGUGUCUCAGCAGGGUGAAAGCCAGAGACGCUUGUACAGAGAUCUACUGAGAAACUACAAUCGUCUGGAGCGCCCAGUCAUGAAUGACUCCCAGCCCAUUGUAGUUGAGCUUCAGCUUUCUUUGCUGCAGAUAAUUGAUGUGGAUGAGAAGAAUCAGGUGUUGAUUACAAAUGCUUGGCUGCAGAUGUACUGGGUUGAUAUUUACUUGUCUUGGGAUCAGUACGAAUACCCGGGUGUGCAGAACUUGCGAUUUCCAGCCGACCAGAUUUGGGUACCUGACAUUCUUCUCUAUAACAGUGCGGAUGAAAGAUUCGAUGCAACAUUUCAUACAAAUGUGCUGGUGAAUUACUCUGGAUCCUGCCAAUAUAUUCCUCCAGGCAUUUUGAAGAGCACAUGUUACAUUGAUGUCCGCUGGUUCCCUUUUGAUGUGCAGAAGUGUGAUUUGAAGUUUGGCUCUUGGACUCACAGUGGUUGGCUGAUUGACCUGCAGAUGCUUGAGGCUGAUAUUUCCAACUACAUCUCAAAUGGAGAGUGGGAUUUAGUGGGUGUUCCAGGAAAGAGAAAUGAGUUGUACUAUGAAUGCUGUAAAGAACCAUAUCCAGAUGUGACAUACACCAUCACCAUGCGCCGACGCACUCUCUACUAUGGCUUGAACCUACUGAUUCCCUGUGUUCUCAUAUCUGGCUUGGCACUGCUUGUUUUCCUUUUGCCUGCUGAUUCAGGAGAGAAGAUUUCUUUAGGUAUCACUGUUCUGCUUUCCCUGACUGUAUUCAUGCUGCUUGUGGCUGAGAUCAUGCCUGCAACUUCUGAUUCAGUCCCACUAAUAGCUCAGUAUUUCGCUAGCAUCAUGGUCAUUGUUGGUCUGUCUGUGGUUGUAACAGUGCUGGUUCUGCAGUUUCACCAUCAUGACCCACAAGCAGGAAAGAUGCCCAGAUGGGUCCGUGUCAUUCUACUGAACUGGUGUGCUUGGUUUUUACGUAUGAAAAAACCCGGGGAAAAUAUAAAGCCCCUCUCUUGUAAAUAUAGCUAUUCCAAGCACCAUCCAAGCCUGAAAAAUACAGAGAUGAAUGUCCUACCUGGGCACCAGCCCAGCAAUGGCAAUAUGAUUUAUAGCUACCACACAAUGGAAAAUCCAUGCUGCCCCCAGAACAAUGAUCUGGGUAGCAAGAGUGGAAAGAUUACUUGCCCCUUGCCAGAAGAUAACGAGCAUGUUCAAAAAAAGGCUUUAAUGGAUACCAUCCCAGUGAUUGUGAAGAUACUGGAGGAAGUUCAGUUCAUUGCAAUGCGCUUCAGGAAGCAAGAUGAGGGUGAAGAGAUCUGCAGUGAGUGGAAGUUUGCAGCUGCAGUCAUAGACAGAUUAUGCCUGGUUGCAUUUACCCUUUUUGCCAUCAUUUGCACAUUUACAAUACUCAUGUCUGCUCCCAACUUCAUAGAAGCUGUUUCAAAGGAUUUUACGUAA